AUGGAUACCUGCGGGGUCCGAAUCUGGCUCUUCCUGGCGCUCCUCUGGCACGACACAUCCGACGCAUCGCAAUUCCCAACGCAGCUUAUGAUUAAAGAAUGGGUGGACCAGAUGCAGAAGGAGCUCAUCUCAUUGGCAGACAAGGCCACGGCUGAGAGGAACCUCACUCAGAUCUUCCUGAGAAACCAGCAUCUGUACACGAUAGAACAGAAUGACGCAGACAAGCUGGUGGACCGAGCAGCAAGAAACAUCGAGCAGCUUCUGAGGAACAGGUCAGCCGCUCUGGAGGAACUGGCCACGGCUGCAGAGAUGUUCCAGAUGGAGCACCAGUGGAAAGACGAGUUUGAGGACGAAGACAUCUCCUAUUAUAAUGCAAAAGACAAUCUGGACCCCAACAAGACGGAGGGCAGGAUCCGGCCCAAUUUCAAGCACGACGCCUCCUUUAAGCGACUGACCGACUCCAACUACACGGCUGUGCACAUCCCCACGGACAUCUACAACGGCUCCACCAUCGUGCUGAAUGAGCUCAAAUGGACUGAACGCCUGGAGGUUGUGUUCAGGAAAAACCGAGAGAAGGACCCAACACUACUGUGGCAGGUGUUUGGAAGUGCUACAGGACUGGCACGAUACUACCCAGCCUCUCCUUGGAUGGAUGUCCGCAAAACACCCAGCAAGAUCGAUCUGUACGACGUCAGAAGAAGACCCUGGUACAUCCAGGGAGCCGCCUCGCCCAAAGACAUGCUAAUCCUGGUGGACGCGAGCGGCAGUGUUUCCGGUCUGACGCUCAAGCUUAUCCGGACUUCGGUCAGCGAGAUGCUGGAGACGCUUUCAGACGAUGAUUACGUCAAUGUGGUUUAUUUCAACACCCGUGUGAAGAAGACUGCGUGCUUUGAUCACCUGGUGCAGGCCAACGUGAGAAACAAGAAGCUCCUCAAAGACGCCGUGCAGAACAUCACAGCCAAGGGGAUCACCAAUUACACCAAGGGUUUUGAGUUUGCCUUCCAACAGCUCUCCACUACCAAUGUGAGUCGAGCCAACUGUAACAAGAUCAUCAUGCUGUUCACUGACGGAGGAGAGGAGAGAGCCCAGGCCAUUCUGGAGAAGUACAACGCAGACAAGAAGGUGAGGAUUUUUACGUUCUCAGUGGGACAACACAACUACGACAAGAGACCCAUUCAGUGGAUGGCCUGCUCCAACAAAGGUUACUUUUAUGAGAUCCCGUCCAUUGGAGCCAUCAGGAUAAAUACGCAGGAGUACCUGGAUGUUCUGGGGAGGCCCAUGGUGCUCGCAGAUAAACAGGCCAAACAAGUGCAGUGGACCAAUGUCUAUCUGGAUGCCCUGGAGCUGGGUCUGGUCAUCACUGGAACACUUCCUGUGUUCAACAAAACCAAGACCAAAGAUGACAGGAACGGAGAGCAUCAGAACCAGCUGAUCCUGGGCGUGAUGGGCAUCGACGUGUCUCUGAACGACAUCAAGAAGCUCACCCCACGCUUCACUAUUGGUCCAAAUGGAUACUACUUUGCUAUCGACCCAAAUGGCUAUGUCCUGCUACAUCCAAAUCUCCAGCCAAAGAAUCCUAAAUUUCAGGAGCCUGUCACGUUGGACUUUCUGGAUGCUGAGCGAAAUGACAUCAAAGUGGAGAUCCGGAGGACCAUGAUUGACGGAGAGACCGGUGAGCGCACCAUCAACACACUGGUCAAGAGUCAGGACGAGAGGUACAUAGACCGGGGAGUACGGACAUACACAUGGGCACCAGUCAACGGCACAGACUACAGCCUGGCCCUGGUUCUUCCCAAAUACAGUGAACACUUCAUUCAGGCCAGAAUUGAGAAUGACAUUCAACAGGCCAAGGAGACUAUUCAGCUGGACAGCUUUGACCAGUUUGGUUACACCUACAUCGCCCCAAGGGAGUACUGCAAAGAGCUGAAGAUGUCCCACAACAACAGCCAGUUCCUCCAGGACUUCCUCUUCAUCGAGAAGAACACCCCAGCCGCUUGUAAUGUGUCCCUGGUGAGCCGUCUGAUCCUGGAUGCUUGGCUGACCGCAGAGCUGGUCAAAGUCUGGACUGAGCAGAGCGUAGACGGUGUGGUGGCCAGAUUUGUAGCAACAGAUGGAGGGAUCACAAGAGUCUUUCCGAAAAGCUCUGGGCCAGACUGGACAGAGAAUCCUGAACCGUAUGAAUGCAGCUCGUACAAAAGGGCCCUGGACAAUGAAAUCUACAUAUUCACUGCUCCCAUUUAUAAUGCUGAGAUCCGGGAGCAGGUGACCGACACUGGGAUCCUGGUGAGCAAAGCCGUGGCCCUGACCGUGGACGAGGUCACCCUGAAGCCGGCAGUGGUGGGAGUCAAACUCAAUGUCACAUACUGGAUGAAUUCUUUCAUUAACGCUACUCUCAAAGUGAAUUGCAAGGAUGAAAUCUGUGGCUGUCUGCGGAAUGACAAGCAUAUCGACUGUGUGAUCCUGGACGACGGUGGAUUUUUGCUCAUGUCCAACCAGGAUGAGUAUAUUUCACUGAUCGGGCAGUUCUUUGGUGAAGUAGACCCUGUGCUGAUGAUCAACCUGGUCAACCAGUCUCUGUACUCCUUCAAUAAGACCUAUGACUACCAGUCUGUGUGUGACCCCGAGGAGGAGAGCAAAGCAGCAGCCGGACUGCGCUCUGUCCAUGUGCCUACUAUAGCAGACCUGCUCAGUAUUGGCUGGUGGGCCUCAACGGCUGCCUGGUCGAUACUGCAGCAGAUCGUCUUUGGGCUCAUAUUUCCCAAUCUGUUCAGAGGAGUGGAGUCUGCGGAGGAGGACAUUUCUGAGAACAUGUUCAAAGAGAGCUGUAUCACUGAGCAGACCCAGUACUUCUUUGACAAUGAGGAGAGGUCGUACUCUGGAGUACUGGACUGUGGCAACUGCUCCAGGAUGUACCGAGCGGAGAAGCUGCCCAACACAAACCUGGUGUUCUUAAUCACAGACGCCAAAGCCACGUGUCUGUCAUGCGACCCGAGACCACUGCGACAGGCCGAGCAGCCCUCUGAAGGACCAGACCAGUGCGAGCUCGCCCAAAAUCCUCGGUACCGCAAAGGCCCUGAUGUCUGCUUCGACAACAAUGAAAAUGAUGAGCCUCUGUGUCCAACCAGCAGGGGCGCUACAUUACACUGCAUGCCCAUCUUCUUCUUCUUUCUAACUCUGGGGUCAGUUUCUUUGCUUUGA